AUGCCAGAGACUAGCACAACUCGCAAUUUGCAAUAUACAUCUAUUCACGAUCAUUUAUUAAAUAAUAAAACCUGCAUAUAUUUAACAAUUGAUCAUACUUCGGAAAAAAGCAUGCUCGAUACUGAACAUUUAUCAACUACUUCUGCUAAUAUACUACACCACGAUCAAAAAAUUGUAACUAAUAAUGAUGAUCAACAUUUAUUAAUUGAACCAUCAAAUGAUUCAAUACUUCCCAUUGACAACAAUCGACAAAAAUUAGCACGAAUACCAUCGCGUGCUAAUCAAUAUUCUUCAGCUCAAACAACAAGUGACGCAUGUCAAGAUAUAAUGAAAAAUGCAAUUAAAUCAUCAACAAUACAUAGUAAACAAGAUAUUGAGAGAAACUUUGUAACAUUUUCAGGAAAAAAAAAGUGA